CCGUUUAAUUUGUAUAAUACGAUCUUACACAUUUUUUGCUGCUUGAAAUAAGUGGUCUUAGAAAGCGUACAGAUCAAGGCAUAAUGAUUGCACUGGUGAUGAUGCUAACGAUAGGAAUUCGUGCAGCCUAUAGUGAAGUCAUAACAGACGAAAAUAACCCUUGUCAUCUUAUAAAUGAGCCUGGGUGUACUACGGACGAAUUUUGUGUUCUGAUACACUCCGGAGAUACUCCAGUUUGUGUAUGCAAUAACACUAUUGAGAAUCCGACCUGCAGUACCACUAACGAUUGUACAGAGGGUGAAACAUUUUGUAAUCAUGGACAAUGUGUGAAAAAAGACACUGGGUUCAUAUUCUGUGUAUGUAAUGAAGGUUAUUGUGGAGCAGAUUGUAAAGAUGUUGUGCAUGUAACUGAGAAACCCAAAGUUGCAACUGACGUCAUUACAGACGAAAAUAACCCUUGUCAUCUUAUAAAUGAGCCUGGAUGUACUACGGAUGAAUUUUGUGUUCUGAUACACUCCGGAGAUACUCCAGUUUGUGUAUGCAAUAACCUUAUUGAGAAUCCGAACUGCAGUACUACUAACGAUUGUACAGAGGGUGAAACAUUUUGUAAUCAUGGACAAUGUGUGAAAAAAGACACUGGGUUCAUAUUCUGUGUAUGUAAUGAAGGUUAUUGUGGAAAAGAUUGUAAAGAUGAGAAACCCGAAGUUGUAACUGAGGAACCCAGAGUUGUAACUGAAGAACACACAGUGAACGGUUCUGGCUCUUAUCAACCCCCAGAAAAUACUAAAUGGGAUGCCAAUAAUGAAAUAUGGAAGCCUGUCUACUAUGAUGCUCAUGACUUUAAUCCGCACGAUCCUUUUGUCAAUGCCACCUUUCUCGAUAAUUUUGAUGGGACAACCAUUCCACGAACUUGCGAUGAGGGUCUACCAUGUGUCGAUUCCCCUUAUCGAACAAUUGAUGGUACAUGUAAUAAUCUUGACAAUCCUAGCUGGGGUGCAGCCGACACUGUACAGUUACGAUUUCUUGAUCCUAUGUUUAAAACGGGAACUAGCACGAGCGACAAUAUUCCACGAUCAGAUAACCUGAAAAGUGCCCGUGAGAUCAGCAACGAAGUAUUUGAUGCCAUUCAUAAUCAACAUUGGUCUGAAAAGCACACUGCAUCUCUUCUGUGGCUUGGACAAUUUUUAUCCCACGACCUAGGACUCACCAAACAACCUAAAGAACCAAAAGAUUGCUGUAAUGUAACUAAUCAUGGCGAUGAACGAUGUUUGACAAUUGCUGUACCGGAUUGGGACCAGUAUUACACAGUGAAGUGUAAACAUUUUACACGUUCAAUUGUUGGUACUAAAGGAUGCCUACCAAAUAGUACUAACCCUCUAGAUAACUAUAAAGAAAUCAACAAUUUUCAAACAGCCUAUAUUGAUCUCUCUCUUACCUAUGGUAAUUCUGACGAGGAAGCGAUGGAAUUGAGAAACCUAACAGGAGGAAGACUAAAUGUUAAAAUAAGUGAACAAGGACAACAUCUUUUACCAGAAAGAAAUGAUACAAUAGAAUGUCCCAUGAAAAAGAAAAACGGAAGCGGAUAUUGUCAAAAAACAGGUGACCCCAGGGUUGACAAUAUUAACUUUAUUGGAGCAACUCAUUUGUUAAUGGUAAGAGCGCACAAUUGGAUUGCAGACAAUUUAACUGAAAUCAAUCCUCAUUGGAACGAUGAGAAACUCUAUCAAGAGGCUAGAAAAAUUCUCAUAGCAUUGUUUCAAAACAUUGUUUAUAAAGAGUAUCUGCCAGAAGUAUUAGGUCCUUACCUUUCCAAAAACAACAAGCUAUGUGUAAAUGAUACUGGAUAUCAAGAUGAUUAUAACACCACAGUCAAUGGUCAGAUCAGAAACGAAUUUCUGGGAGCUGCAUUUCGAUGGGGUCACUCUAUUCUGCCUGCUCAUCAAGCGUAUUUGCUGGAUGACCAUUGUCUUAUGGACUGGUAUACUGUUAUAGAUACGUUUAAAUGUUCUGAGAUGUUGUAUGCUAAUGGUGGACUGAAUUUAACUGCGUAUGUUAGGUGGAUGUCUUGGGACAAAUCUAUGAAGAACGAUAGAUUUAUGGAAGACGAAUACCGUAAUUAUCUGUUUGGAGGUGAAGAUCUGGCUGCCCGUAACAUACAAAGAGGACGAGACCAUGGUAUAUCUACUUACAAUCAUUUCCGAACCUUUUGUGGCUUGAAACCGGUGUCCUUUGAUGAUUUUAUACUGGAGGACCACGACUGGGAAUCGUCAAAUGCACUCAGAAAUCUGUACAGUAAUGCCGACGACAUCGACCUUUAUGUAGGGGCUAUGACAGAAGAGUCAGCCGGAGGAAGUAUCCUUGGACCUACAUUUACCUGCUUAUCCAUCAAACAAUUCUCGCUGAUAAGAGCUAGUGAUCGAUAUUGGUACGAACGACCAGGCAUGUUUACACUGGAUCAACUGAACUCUAUUAAACAGGUGAAAUUAGCAAAGUUGACGUGCCAAGUUUUUGACAUACCAACAAUUCAAGAGCAUGUGUUUGUGCUUGUUAAUUAUAAUAAUGCCAAUCCUUUGUGUAACUGUUCGUCCUUGACUGGCCUGGAUUUCAGUUUGUGGCAGGAAUAAGUUUAACGAAACGUAUAUUUGCAAUGUAUUCCGGUGUAGUUCUGAUGAAAUAAAGAACCAGAGACUUGGAACUGUUUUUUUUUUUAAAUAUGAUUGAGUUACUUUAAGAUAUUUACUGGAUCUAUUCUAAAUAUCCGGGUGUAAGAUACCUAGCUGAUAGUUUUGUACGCCAAACGCGCAAUUCGUUUAC